AUUUCGUAGCAACUCUCUGGACUGUUCGUUGAUAGGCAACAUAAGACAUGAAGAUAUAAUUGGCAUUUGUGUCGUUUUUACUGUAUACGAGUAAUGUCUAAUAUUGUCAAGUCGGGACCAACAGCUCAACGUCACCAGGCACGAGAGCGAAUGCAGUUACCGACAGGGGGCAGAAUAGGGUCUUUAUUUUUUCUGCUGGCUAACUCGACGUGUUAAGCCAUUGCGGUUCGACGUCUGGGGCCACUAAUGAAACGGCCAAUUCCCAGAAAAUACAUUCUCCUCACCCGCUGGCAACCGCGACCACUAUAAUCGAGAAGUGCACUUUAUUUUCCCUUUAGGGCGCGUGAUCUGCUACUUUCUCACCGCUAGUCUAUGGACAAACCUCCUGAACACAGUACAGCUACAGUAUGUUGUAAACAUGGACAUUGUAUGAAAAAAAUUGUCUCAGAUUUGGAGUGAAAGUACCACUAUGUUGUGCUACCAUAGUUCAAGAUUAUAAAUGCGACUGGUUUUAGGAUGCAAAGCUCCUACUAAUUUAUUCCUCUGACUGACAUCAUCUCAGGGACAAGUGGCCACGUGUCCACACAGACACCGUAUUCACGGAUCUUUCCCAGGUUAUUGUUUAUUAAUGUAGCUACUUGCUUAACGAAUGUCUACUUACUAUGUUUUUUUCUUAAUGGGUAAAUAAGACUCACUAUCAGCAAUGGCACAAAUAGAUGUUUCUUGAUAAUUAUUUUUCUUCGAUUCAGCCCUUCAUCUCGUGCGUCAAAACGCACGUCACACGCAGAGAGUGGAAUACAGGAGGGAGGGUGUAUUAGAGAGAGCCUGCGAGGGCUUCAGCGUUCCUGCUUUCUAACCGUGAUAUGGUGAUCGGUAAUGCAGAAAUCAGCGACUGACAGCGGCACCACUCUGGACCAGCAGCCAGCUCAAGCUCCUCGGGGACAGAAGACGCCGACAGAAAGAGAGAGAAAGUGAGUGUGUGUGUGUGUGUGUGAGAGAGAGAGAGAGAGAGAGAGCUAGAGAGGGGGAGGAAGGAACUUCUGGUACACACUUUACGGUCUCCAAAUGUAAUAUUGUAUGAGUGGCUUUGUGUGGAGACGGCGGAGAACACCAUUCCGUUACAGUCUCACCUCACAGAGAAGGGCUUAUCGUGUCCGUGUUUCCGAACGAACCACCGACGGGAUUUCCGAAGAAACAAGGAGAAUUUAAGCAGUCCUGGAUUGGGCAUCGAGGGAUCCGCGAUGAUCUCCUUGUGGAGGGGGUACGGAAUGGCGCGGUGGGGAUUCUGCUGGGUCUUGUUGGGGCUUUGGAGGUACAGCACUGCUUGCCCUGCAUCUUGCACUUGCAGCAACUCACGGAUUUCGUGUAUUGAUCAAGACCGAGGAAUCACGGCUUUCCCUGUCCUGCAGUCCGAUUUUGACAUGGAAAAUAUCACUGAAAUAUAUAUUGCAAAUCAGAGUAGAUUCCUUGCCAUCAACGACAUGGACUUGAAAUUCUACAGGAACCUUCGAAAUCUAACUGUGACAAACACCAGACUGACCUUCGUAUCUCGCUCAGCCUUUCAGAACAGUGCCAAACUCCAGUAUCUGAAUCUAAAAGACAACAACUUGUCGUCGCUUUCUUGGAGGACCUUUCGACAUUUAAACAUAUCAUUUCUCAUCCUCUCAGGGAACCCACUGCAAUGCUCGUGUGAAAACAUGUGGAUCAGGCUGUGGCUGGGAGAGGAGGCCGACAGUCAGGAGCUGCGCUGCACUGAGGUCGGGGGUGUCAGGAGGCCCCUCUCCAAACUCGCCCCCCCUGGCUGUGUGCCUCCCACGGUAACACUGAGCCUAUCCAAAGUGACGGUCCUUGAAGGGGGGAAUGCUGAGUUGGAGUGCAAUGCCUCUGGAGCGCCCCCUCCUGAACUACAGUGGAAUACCACCACCCUCCUCUCCAGCUAUAAGAAAGAGACGUUUAUGCUGAUGUCUAAGCUGCUGCUCAGUAACCUGUCCUCCAGUGACAAUGGCAAGAGAGUGACUUGCACUGCAGAGAACAUUGUUGGCGAGAACGAAUCUUCUGUCCUUCUGGACAUCCUAUUUCCUCCAAAGAUCUCUAAGCUGAUGCACGCAGUGUCAGACCAUCACUGGUGCAUUCCAUUCAGCGUGUCGGGGAAUCCGCAGCCAGAGCUGCAGUGGAUCUUUAAUGGGGACGUCCUCCUGGAAGGCACCUACAUCAAAACCAUGAUCCACGACACGUCUGACAACGAGUACCACGGCUGCCUGCAGCUGGACAGCCCCACACAUGUCAACAACGGCGAGUACACGCUGGUGGCCAGGAAUGAGUUUGGUGAAGACCGGGAAUCCAUCAUGUCCCACUUCAUGAGAGAGCCCUGGGAAGAUGGAACAGUGACAGAACCUCUGUACUAUGAUCCUACCACAGAAGACCCACCUGUGGAUCCUGAAACUGAAGACAGUGCUGCUGUUUACGUGGUUGUGGGGAUUGCUGCAGUUGCCUUCACUGGAUUUGUCCUGAUGCUGGUUAUCCUCAAAUUUGGACGCAACUCAAAGUUUGGAAUCAAAGGACCCUCCUCAGUCAUCAGUAACGAUGACGACUCGGCCAGUCCUCUCCACCACGUGUCGAACGGGAGCAACACGCCAUCAUCCUCUGAGAUGGGCCCUGACGCCGUCAUCAUCGGCAUGACAAAGAUCCCCGUCAUUGAGAACCCCCAGUACUUCCGCAGCACCAGCAGCCUGCUGAAGUCCGACACCUUUGUCCAGCACAUUAAGAGGCACAACAUCGUGCUGAAGAGGGAGCUGGGGGAGGGCGCUUUCGGGAAGGUCUUCCUGGCUGAGUGCUACAACCUCUCCCCAGACCAAGAGAAGAUCCUGGUGGCUGUCAAGACACUGAAGGAGGCCAGUGAGAAUGCUCGUAAAGACUUCCAGAGAGAGGCGGAGCUCCUGACCAACCUCCAGCAUGAACACAUUGUCACCUUCUAUGGUGUGUGUGUGGAGGGAGACCCGCUCAUCAUGGUGUUUGAGUACAUGAAGCAUGGAGACCUCAACAAGUUCCUCAGGGCCCAUGGUCCAGAUGCAGUUCUGAUGGACGGGCAGAAUAAUCGUCCCGUGGAGCUGACCCAGGCUCAGAUGCUGCACAUCGCACAGCAGAUCGCUGCAGGGAUGGUGUACCUGGCCUCCCAGCACUUUGUGCACCGCGACCUGGCAACUCGCAACUGCUUGGUGGGGGAAAACCUGCUGGUGAAGAUCGGAGACUUUGGCAUGUCCCGGGAUGUCUACAGCACUGACUACUACAGGGUGGGAGGGCACACAAUGCUGCCGAUUCGCUGGAUGCCCCCAGAGAGCAUCAUGUACAGGAAGUUCACCACAGAGAGCGAUGUAUGGAGUCUUGGCGUGGUUCUCUGGGAGAUCUUCACCUACGGCAAGCAGCCCUGGUACCAGCUCUCCAACAACGAGGUGAUUGAGUGCAUCACGCAGGGGCGGGUGCUGCAGCGGCCCCGAACCUGUCCCAAGGAGGUGUAUGACCUGAUGCUGGGCUGCUGGCAGCGGGAGCCGCACAUGAGGCUCAACAUCAAAGAGAUACACAACCUCCUGCAGAACCUGGCCAAAGCCUCACCUGUCUACCUGGACAUCCUGGGCUGACCUUCACUGCCGCAGUCACCACUGAAGCAUGCAUGCGAGAGAGGGGAUGUGUGUAUAUGUGUGUAUGUGUGUGAGAGAGACUGAGAGUGUGCGCAUGUGUGUCUGUGUGUGUC